AUGGAGACUGCUGGUCGGAAUAAGGAACCAAUAGUGAAGGGUGAUGAGCAGAGUAUAGAGGACAGUCCUACAGAUAACCGCCCAGAGAGGAGCUCAGAGGAUACAUAUGAAAAGCAUGUCAUCAUCUCAGAUGUAUUCUCGGCCUUUAACAGCAAAGAUCUAUCAUCUGAUUUUUUGGAUCGGUACCAAUCUUUUGAUUCAUCACAGACUGUUAAGCAAAAUGAAAGUCACAGAAGGAGUGAACAUCAAACACAUUACACAGGGGAGAACACUUUUUCAUGUUUACAAUGUGGACAAUGUUUUAACAAAAAGUCAAAUCUUGUUGCUCAUGAAAGAAAUCACACAGGAGAGAAGCUGUAUUCAUGUUUAGAAUGUGGAAAACUGUUUAACCAUAAAUCAAACCUUGUUAAACAUGAGAAAUUUCACACAGGGGAAAAGCCAUAUUUAUGUUCAGAAUGUGGGAAACGUUUUGUCUAUAAAUCAGAUCUUAUUACACAUCUGAGAAUUCACACAGGGGAGAAGCCAUACUCAUGUUCAGAAUGUGAAAAACACUUUAACCGCAAAGCACAUCUUGUUAUACAUGAGAGAAUUCACACAAGGGAGAAGUCAUUUUCAUGCCCAGAAUGCAGGAAAUGUUUUAUAGAUAAAUCAGCUCUUGUUACACAUCAGAGAAUUCACACAGGGGAGAAGCCAUUUUCCUGCUCAGAAUGUGGAAAACGUUUUAGCGAUAAGUCAGCUCUUUUAAGACAUCAGAAAAUUCACACAGGAAAGAAGCCUUUUUCAUGUUCAGAUUGUGGAAAAUCUUUUUACCAGAAGACAAAUCUUGUUUCACAUCAAAGAAGUCACACAGGGGAGAAGCCAUUUUCAUGUUCAGAAUGUGGAAAAUCUUUCAACCGCAAAUCAAGUCUUGUUACGCAUCACAGAAUUCAACAGGAUGGUUCAGAAGAACAUCACAAUGUCCCACAGGAUGAUCAGCAUUUGAACAAUAUUACUGCUAGAAAGACAUAUGUGAGGAGUGAUGAGCAGAGUAUAGAGGAUGUUCCUACAGAUAACCGCCCAGAUGACUGUACCGGGAGCUUAGAAGAACAUCUGAUAUCUUCAUAUUUUAAAGCAGAUGAUCAUGGUAUCAAGCAGGAUACAUAUACAUAUGAAAAGCAUGCUGUUAUCCCAUAUGGACCCUCCGCCUUUCACAGCAAAGAUCCAUCAUCUGAUCUUUGCUUAACAUCUGAUUUAUCACAGACUGUUAAGCCAAAUAAAAGUAAAAGAAGAGGUGAACAUCAAAGAACUCACACAAGAAAGAAGGCUUAUUCCUGUUCAGAAUGUGGGAAACGUUUUAACUAUAAAUCAGCUCUUGUUAUGCAUCAGAGAAUUCACACAGGAGAGAAGCCAUUUUCAUGUUCAGAAUGUGGAACACGUUUUAGCAAAAAAUUUGCUCUUGUUAGACAUCAGAAAAUUCACACAGGGGAGAAGCCAUUUUCAUGUUCAGAAUGUAGGAAAUGUUUCAACCAGAAAGCAAAUCUUGUUACACAUCAGAGAAGUCACACAGGGGAGAAGCCAUUUUGGUGUUCAGAAUGUGGAAAAUGUUUUAUAGAUAAAUCACAUCUUGUUACACAUCAGAGAAUUCACACAGGGGAGAAGCCAUAUUCAUGCUCAGAAUGUGGGAAAUGUUUUAACUGUAAAUCAGAAAUUGUUAUACAUGAGAGAAUUCACACAGGGGAGAAGCCAUUUUCAUGUUCAGAAUGUGGGAAAAGUUUUAAAUGUAAAUCACAUCUUGCUAGACAUGAGAGAAUUCACACAGGCGAUAAGCCAUUUUUAUGUUCAGAAUGUGGAAAACAUUUUAGCUGUAAAUCAGAAAUUGUUAAACAUGAAAGAAUUCACACAGGGGAGAAGCCAUUUUCAUGUUCAGAAUGUGGGAGGCGUUUUAACCAGAAAUCCCAUUUUAAUAGACAUCAGAAAAGUCACAAAGAGGAGAAGCCAUUUUCAUGGCCAGAUUAUGAGAAAUGUCUUACUCAUAAAUCAACCUGAUCAUCAAAUAAUUCACAGAGAGGAGAAGCCAUUCUGAUGUGAGGUAUGUGGAAAGUGUUUAACCAAAAGUCAGCUCUAAUUACACAUGAAAGAACUUACAGGGACCGAAAAAUAUUUUCAUGUCCAGAAUGUGGGAAAUGAUUUAUUCACA